GCGGCCUGGAGGGCUGUUCCGUGGCGAGCUCCCUCCUCGUUCCCGGCGGCCGGUUGCGUGGUGCGAGGGAGGAGGAGGCGGGGGGCAGGCGCUGCUCUCGGGCUCCGCCUGCGGUGAGUUCUCGGCGCCUGCCGCCCACCGAACCCGCCAGGCCGCUGCGCUGCUAACGGGAUGUCUCCGGGGGUUCCCACCCGCGCUUGAAGGAUGUGGCGGCGGCGGCGCCGGUGGUUGUCGUUGUAACUCCGGCUGUGGAGGAACUCGGGAGCGCUCCUCUCGGCCCGUGCCCGUGCCCUCAGCGCCGAGGAGGGAACCCCGAACCCCAGUCGCCCUGCCCGGCCUCCUUUUCCGCCUCCGCGCUUCCCGCUCCCUUCCAGGGCCUCGGCAGCCGGCGCUUGGCCGAGGGCGGCUCUGACGACGGCUCAACGAGCCCGAGCGGUCUAGAAUGGCUUCUUCGUCCGGGAACGACGACGAUCUGACCAUCCCCCGGGCGGCGAUCAAUAAGAUGAUCAAAGAGACGCUGCCUAACGUGCGGGUGGCCAACGACGCCCGGGAACUGGUGGUGAAUUGCUGCACUGAGUUCAUCCACCUCAUCUCCUCUGAGGCCAACGAGAUCUGCAACAAGUCCGAGAAGAAAACCAUCUCCCCCGAGCACGUCAUCCAAGCCCUCGAAAGUUUGGGUUUCGGCUCCUAUAUUAGUGAGGUGAAAGAAGUCUUACAAGAAUGCAAAACAGUAGCACUGAAAAGAAGAAAGGCUAGUUCUCGUUUGGAAAAUCUUGGCAUUCCUGAAGAAGAACUCUUAAGGCAACAGCAAGAGUUAUUUGCAAAAGCUAGACAGCAGCAAGCAGAGCUGGCGCAGCAGGAGUGGCUACAAAUGCAGCAAGCAGCUCAGCAAGCACAGCUUGCUGCUGCCUCAGCCAGUGCAUCCAACCAGGCAGGAUCUUCUCAAGAUGAAGAUGAUGAAGAUGACAUAUGAGGUUUUCAAGGCUGAGUUUUGAUCCCUGCAAAGAAAUAGUUGUCCUACACAACAAAACCAGUGAAACGAAUGCUUACCCGUAACUUUGUCUGCAUCUUGGACCGGCCGUUGGUAUUUUAGGGAUGUCUGCUGUUGUGUGCUGUACAUGUAAAAACUGUCUCUUUGAACUCUUGAAGACUUAAGGUUCAGUAUCAUAUCAACUUUGGAUUUUUAAUGGUGUUUAUGGAAAUUUUAGAUAGCUGUGUGUCACUUAUUUGAUCAACAAACAGUGUUACAAUAAAAAGUUUAUAAAAUAUAAUGGAAUUUAUACAGAUGCUCUAAAUCCACAUUUACACGUCUCUUCCCUUUUAACUAUAGAAUCUUAUGUAGAAAACUUUUAAUUUGUUUUUUGGAACAGAAUAGACGUCUAAUCUGCUUUAGGGGAGAAAAAGCAAAGGGUUCAGUGUCAUUUCAUCUGAAUUCUUUGUCCUUUUAAAUUAGGGGAGAUGGCAAUAAAUACUAUGUGCUCAAAUAACACACUUGUUAAAAAUCUGAGAAAUGAUACAUUUUUGCCAAACUAGGAACAUGUAUGUUUAAUAGGAGUUGUACAGAUUCAAUCUUUUUUUGUAUAGGGGUGAGAAGAACCCAAGAUUUUAUUAUGGUAUCAAUUCAGUGUCUUGAGCAAAACAAAUUAUUUCAUUUCAAAUAUUGCCCACUUUGGAGAACUAAAAGAAUUCCUGUUUCACAGUAGCUUAGCUAUAGAAGGUAUUACAUGCAUAGUCCAAGCAUGUUCAUACUGUUCAAAUAUAAAGGUAGAACUUAGUGGGAAAGAGUUGUUUUAAUUCUGUUUUGGCUAGGAAUGCUUGAAUAGUCAGUCCUCCAGAAGGAACCAUUGAAACUAACGAGCAUGCUCACAGUGGGAGGAAUUUUUAUUUAACCCUGAUUCCUUAUUAAUUGUCAGCACGUUGUUAACAGUUUUCAAACUAGUGUACCAAUAGAUAAGCUUGUCGUGUGAAACUGACUGCUUCUUCAUUCAAGUAGGAUUGUAGUUUAUAAAUGAUUCAAUUUCAGGUGACUGAGCUCCUAGACUAACCAACAAGACUUAAAUGAGGCAAAAAUUUGGGGCGGGGGGGGGUGAUGGCAGCAGCCAUUUUUCAUAGCACUGCUUCAAUGUUUGUGUUGAAAUAAAGAACAGUAGAGUCCAUUAUAGAAUUUGAAAAUAUACUUGAAGAAAUGUCACAUGUUUUUCUGGUACUCUGGCGGGUAAUCUCAAAUAUCUUGCAAAUUAAUGCAGGCAACUACAUCAAACAGCAUUAUGGGACACUGUAGAUUUUAUACCGCCUCGAUGGCAGUUGAAAAUUGUACAAGAACUGAGAUCAAAAUGGAGGAAGUCUUGUUUGUGAAACAGAUACCAAUCUGGGAGUCAAAUUAAGGUUUUCUGGAAUUGCAGUUAGCUUAAGAGGGCUCGUAUGAAAUAACUAAGAGAGAAAUUAGUAUGAACGUUAAGCUGAAAUACCUUUGUGGGUCCAGCAGGAAAGUAUUGGACUAGAUCUGGUUAUGGAUCAAGUCUUUGCAAUGGUUGAAGUACCAAAGGUAGAAACACUAGGUUAGUAAACAAUGUUAAUGUGCAGUGUUGGCUUUUCUAAUUUGUACUGUAAUAAUCUUUUCCCUUCCUAUUUUAAACGAGUCUUUUUUUCCUUUUAAGCAAGCAAGAAAGAUAUAUUUUCACACUUUUUUCUGAUGCAGAAUUCAGGUUAAUAUUUUUACUGCAUCUGGUAUGUAUCAUAUAAUAUGUUGGAUCCCUAUGACCUUUCCUUUGGACAUCCUUGUGCUUUUUCAUAUGCUGUAUUCCUCAAGCAAUAAAAUUCAAAUGUGUUUUUAUAUUUAA